AAAUCAUAAACCCUACCCAAAGCCUUUUCGUCUCUCUCUCUCUCUCUCUCUCUCUCUCUCUCUCAUUUCUUCUCAAUCUUAAUUUUCUUUUUUCCUUGGGGAGCAAGAUGGGAAGUCAAGCAGCGGUUUCGUUCCUCACAAAUUUAGCGAAGGCGGCCUUCGGUCUCGGAGUGUCCGCGACGGUUCUCUCCUCGUCGCUCUACACCGUCGAUGGCGGCGAGAGAGCGGUUCUCUUCGAUCGGUUCCGAGGAGUGUUGGAUCAGACCGUCGGUGAAGGGACUCACUUUCUGAUACCCAUUCUCCAGAGACCUCACAUCUUCGAUAUCCGCACGAAGCCCCAUACUUUCUCCUCCGUGUCCGGUACCAAGGAUCUCCAGAUGGUUAAUCUCACCCUUCGUGUCCUCUCUCGCCCCGAGGUUACGCGUCUCCCGACCAUUUUCCAAACAUUGGGUCUCGAGUAUGACGAGAAGGUUCUUCCUUCGAUUGGAAACGAGGUGUUGAAGGCUGUGGUUGCUCAGUUCAAUGCUGACCAGCUCCUCACCGAGCGUCCUCAAGUGUCAGCACUUGUGCGUGACUCUCUUACUAAGAGGGCUAGGGACUUCAACAUUGAGCUCGACGAUGUUGCAAUCACGCAUUUGUCAUACGGUAUGGAGUUCUCGAGGGCGGUGGAGGCGAAGCAAGUGGCUCAGCAGGAAGCGGAGAGGUCCAAGUUUGUGGUGAUGAAGGCUGAUCAGGAGAGGAGAGCCGCGGUUAUUAGAGCUGAAGGUGAGAGUGAAGCUGCUCAGCUGAUAUCUGAUGCAACUGCUAAAGCAGGAAUGGGAUUGAUCGAGCUCAGGAGGAUUGAGGCUUCAAGGGAGGUUGCAGCUACACUGGCUAGGUCUCCGAAUGUGGCUUACUUACCCGGUGGACAAAGCAUGCUCUUUAACCUGAACGCUGGUCGUUGAGCAAGCUGUUGGUGGGGGGAGGAGAGCGCAAGUGACAAGAAAACGAUGGAGUUGUGAAUUUAUCCUUUCUUUCUGAUGAACAAUGUGAAAAAGAACAACUUAUUUGCUAUAUUGAUGAGCCUUUUAGGUUAUUUCUGUUUUGAAUCUGAGGCAAAGUUUUUUUUUAUAACACUGUUCCCUCCCCCUCAUUUGGAUUUAUUUGGCUUUUUUAAUGAAGCAUAAUAAUUGAGAGAGCCACCAAA